AUGAGAGCAUCGAUAAGAUGCGCGCUAGAUUGCUGUACCAAAGCAAAAAACGAGGGAUAUUGGAGAACGAUAUACUGCUGGGAGAUUUUUGCCGAUGCCAACUUGAACAAGAUGGACAAAGGAUUGUUGCAAAAAUACGAUGCGCGCACGACCGCCAAGCAAUUGCGAAUCGUCUUUGUCAGUGUGCCAGCGGGAGACAAGGCUGCUGAAUUGGCUCGCCUGAUCGUGAAUAGCCACUUGGGAGCUUGUGUCAAAGUUCUCCCGCCCCUCACUUCCUACUACAUCUACGAGGGCCAGUUCAACGAAGACGCCGAGCAAGUGUUGAUGAUCAAAACUAGCGAGGCGGCUCUCGAGGAACUAGAACAACUCGUGAAAAGCAACCACCCGUACGACGUGCCCGAAUUCCUGGCGGUCCCGGUCGACUACGCGCAUGCCCCGUAUGCAGAAUGGCUGAUCAACGGCUCGCACAUGGAAUGGGAUCUCUACUACUUCCUCUCCGGCAAGAAACCGGCACCCACCGAUGUAUCCGAAUGCCCGGCGUUUCAGAAAUUGAAGGAAUUUGUCGAUUCUAAACGCAAAAUGUCGACGGAUUUGAAGCCCGUUUAUGAGACGAUCGACAAGCGGCGGGACGAAUGGAUUCAAAUAUUGAAGGAGUCGAUCGCCAUCGAGUCGGUGUCCUCGGAUCCGGCAAGACGCGGAGAAGUUCGACGGAUGGUGGAGUGGACGAUGGCAUACCUGUCCAAACAAGGAGCGAAAUGCUGGCUGGAGGAGCUUGGCGAACAAACACUUCACGACGGGAAGAAAUUGCCACUCCCACCCUGCCUUCUUGGCGAGCUCGGUCACGAUCCCAAGAAGAAGACUGUGCUCCUCUACGGACAUUUGGACGUGCAACCGGCACGAAAGGAAGAUGGCUGGAACACGGAGCCUUUUGUGAUGGUGGAGAGUGAUGGGAAGCUGUGGGGCCGCGGAACAAGCGACGACAAGGGCCCGGUGCUGUCCUGGAUCCACGCCAUUCAAGUUCUCAACGAGCACAAAAUUGAGAUUCCCGUGAACAUCAAGUUCUGCUUCGAGGCAAUGGAAGAGAGCGGGUCCGAGGGAUUGACUGAGCUUCUGCAGCGGAAAAAAACGGACGGCUGGCUGGCGGACGUCGAGUACACCUGCAUCUCGGAUUCGUACUGGCUGGGCACGGAGAAGCCGUGUCUUUCAUAUGGACUUCGUGGUAUCUGCUCGUACCACGUCGAAGUCUCCGGCUUGCAACAGGAUCUGCAUUCCGGAGUGUAUGGCGGCAGCGUUUACGAGCCGCUCAACGAUCUGUUCUAUCUGAUGUCCCAGCUGAUGGAUGUCAACGGAAAGAUUUUGAUCCCAGGCAUCAUGGAUCAGGUUGCGGAAGUGACGCAGAUCGAAAAGGAGGCUUACGAAAAAAUCGACUUUGACGUGAAAGAAUACCGCGAAAGUGUGGGGGCCGCUAAAUUGCCGUCGGAACACAAGGAGACACUGCUGAUGAACCGUUGGCGUUUCCCGAGCUUGUCGGUGCACGGAGUCGAAGGAGCAUUCUCGGAUCCGGGCGACAAGACGGUGAUUCCCUCCAAAGUAUCUGGAAAGUUUUCCAUUCGCGUCGUGCCGAACAUGGAGCCUGAGAAUAUCAAUUCCCUGGUCGCCAAGUACCUCAACGAGCUGUGGGAGAAGCGUGGCUCUGGAAACAAGAUGAAGCUGAUCACGAAUCAAGGAUCCGUCCCCUGGGUCCACCCGAUUGACCACCCGCACUUCAAAGCCGCCAGUCGAGCGGUGAAGAAAGUGUACAACGUCGAGCCUGAUUUCAUCCGCGAGGGCUGCAGCAUUCCGAUCACGCUGACUUUCCAGGAGCUCACCGGCCAUUCUGUGAUUCUCCUGCCGACGAACGCCUCGGACUCAAUGGCUCACUCGCAGAAUGAGAAGAUGCGCACCCACUGCUACAUCGAUGGCAUCAAGCUGCUCGCCACCUACCUGAUGGAACUUGGACAC